AUUCAAAUUUGAAAGGAUAUCAAGCAAUUUGAUAGAAUGGCAGCUCAUCAGGCGUCUUCGUCAUCCUCUUCUGGUUCGAGUUAUGAAGUGUUCUUGAACUUUCACGGCGAAGACGUUCGCACCAAUUUCGCCGACCACCUGUACCAUGCGUUGGUUGGGGCUGGAAUUCGAACUUUCAGAGAAGAGGAAGAACUCUGCAAGGGAAACGAGAUUUCCCCGGAGCUACUCGCUGCAAUCCAGCAGUCAAGAAUCUCCAUUCCCAUCCUCUCGAUGAACUAUGCUUCGAGCAAAUGGUGUCUCAAUGAGCUAACAAAGAUAUCUGAAUGCAUAAGAACAAUGAAUCAGAUCGUCUUGCCCAUUUUCUACAAAAUUGAACCAAAGGAUGUGCGAAACCAGACCGGGAAUUACGCAAAGGCCUUUGCGAAACACCAGAAGCGUUUUGACAAAAGAACCGUGCAAAAGGGGAAAAAUACUCUGCAAGAGGUUGGAAAAUUGAAUGGAUGGCACGCGAAGAUAGAGACGUAUGAAGGGAAGUUAGUAAAGGAAGUUGUUAAAACAGUUUGGAGUACAUUGAACAAGCGACUCUUGACUGUUUCAAAAAAACUAGUUGGAAUCCAAUCUCAUGUAAAAGAAAUGUUGAUGCGAUUAGAUAUUGAAUCUGAUAACAGAAAAAUUGUGGGGAUCCAUGGCCUCGGUGGCGUUGGAAAGACAACAGUCGCUAGGGCUGUCUGCGAAACAAUCCUUAGUCACUUUGAAGGAUUUAGAUUUAUUGAAAAUGUUUGAGAGAAUGUUCAAAAA